UCAUUUUGUUAAUAGAAAAGUAUUGAACCAUUAAAUAGCUGUUUUGCUGAACCAGGUGCUUUGUGAGUGCGAAGAUGUUAAGAUAGUACAAGUUACUAGUUGUACUUCAAAAUGAGUGUUGAGGAGUCACCGCCGCUUAUUAAAGUAAACAUUUUAUUUUUUGCAAGAAGUCGUGAGUUAGCAGGAACGGCUUGUGUUGUAUUAGAAAUUGAGCCGCUGAUCAUUGCAAAGGACUUAGUUAACCAACUAGUUGAUCGAUUUGACUUGGGCAGCAUAAGCCAGAACCUUAUUAUUGCUCACAACGAAACUUACAUAGAGAAUCUUGACGUAGAGAUACAUUUACAUCAAGGAGACGAAAUUGCAGUAAUACCACCUAUUAGUGGAGGAUAAAGCACCUAAAAUAAUCAUGGAUCAU